UUAAUCAAAUCCUAAACUUUAGUUGCUUCACAUUAUACGCGCGUUUCACAUAGAGUCGACGGAGAAAGAUCGAGUCAGACCUAGAGGCAUCGAGAAGCAGAGAGUCAAGGGAAGGACAACCGCUACCGGAGACUGUCGACGGCCGAGUUCAAUCGAUAAGCUCUAAUAGAAGAGGGGGAGAUCGCCGACGAGGGAAGAGUGCACAAGUCUCUGUGGCUGAUUUGAAUAAUCUAGUGCCCUAAAAUUUCUCGAUUCUCUUUCCACCUGCCGAUAAUUUCAGGCUCCGGCGAAAGAGGACGCCGAUGGGCUUUAUCAGAAGUAGCUUCUCCUUUAUAGCGGGAUCUGUGUUCGGGAUUUACGUGGCUCAAAAUUACAACGUUCCCAAUAUCAGGAAGCUCGCAAAUACUGGACUUGCGAUGGCCAAGCACAUUGAAGAGAAUUACAGGAAGCCAAAGAAGAGGGAUGAUGAUGAUUGAUUGGAUGAUUUACAAUCCAGUUGUGAACUUGUGAUCUAUGUCCAACUGGAGGUUUUUGAUACUGGGACACUGGCAACUUCAGCCAUGGUUAGAUCUUCUACCCUUUUCCUUGCUUUAAUGGUUUUCUGUUGUGCUGUUGGUUUCAUCAUCCAAAAAAAAAAAAUAUUGUGCCAAUGUAAAGCAAGGGUAUUUGAGAAAGUAAGUUUUCCUUUAUUUAAAUAUUCAAUGUGGUCAGUAUCAAUGAGGUCCAACUUUGCUGAGCAGUUUAAAUUUCUAGAUCUGAUUUUAGAUGAUAAGGUUCUUAUGCUUAUUGGCUUGUUCUAGUAAUGUUAAAAUGACCAAUGUUGAUGAUCAAACCUUGUGUUUAGUUAGUAUUUGAUAAGCAUUUUACAUCAUGUAUAUCUCAUGUUGGAAGUAUUUAGGACUUCAUAUAUUGUUUUGGACCUUAAUUUCGACUAACUGCUAGACGCUCCCAAAUCUUAAGGUGCUUACAAAAGUUUGCCGAAAAAGAAGUGAUUCCAAAAUUUGCUUUUAAAAGACACAUUUGACAAAAUUUAAAAUAGUACGAGAAUGAUCCAAUGGCAUUGACCUGUUCCAUUCUCCAUUGGCUCUCUCACCCAUAAAGUUUAUUCAUUUAAAACUUUAAUCAUGACUAUCACUAUUGUCUAUCCCCAAUGCCUCUCUUUCUCAUGACUACCACCAUUAGUAAUGCUCAACUCUCUCCCUCUGGGCAACAAUCAUUUUCUUACUUUUUAUAUAUGAUAUAGGGUAAUAUGCACUAGUCUAUAUGAUGUGAUUAAAUGUCUUUUCAUGUCUUCGUAUUUAUUCCUUCAUUUUGUUUUUUUUUUUACUGUUGUCUUUUUCUCUCUGCGGUGACAUUUCAAAUAGAAAUGCCUAUGGCGGAUUUGUGGUUUGUGAACUAUCCUUAAAUUGUUUUCAAAAAGAAGGCGGGGACAAGGGGCAAGGAACAUAGUUUUGUAAUCCAAGAAAUUGUGAACUCUUACACUUAAUGUCUUUCAUCGUAGACCUAUAAACUCCUAAACUUUUUCUCUCUACUACUUGGUCUUAAGAUCAUCUAUGUGCUAGGGACCAGAAGUAUGCAUUGCAAAAUGAGUCUUUCAUUGUAUUGAAUCUCUAAAGUCAGGUUGGGUGUUUUCAUUUGGACGCUUUACGUUUUCUUAUUUGUAAUACGUGACUUCUUGUCAUAUUGACAAAAUAUAACAUGAUUGAAAUCUAACAUACAAUUAGGGAUUUAAGUUGACAUAUCUAUGAAAUUUUUUAAUUAUUUUUUUGAGUUUAAAGCUUUCCAAACCACGGCUCCUUUUUGAGAAAUAGAGGAGGGAGAAACACCCUUGAAAGACGUUCGAGUUAUUUCUCGUGUUCUCCAUUUGAGAGAUACAAUAUAAUAUUCUCCAUUAUAAUCUAUAUUAAAUUUACGCAAAUAAUAACAAACGAUUAAAUUGAAUGCCAAUUUACUUUUUUGCUUAAAUGGAAGCCUUUCGGGUAUUUCUAGCCCAUAAAUAUUCAAUCAUAUUUUCAAAAGUUAAAGCCUAAAUUAUCGAAAAUCGAAACUAAGACAUUAUAUAUAUAAGUUAUAACUCCAAGAUUUGAAAUUUCGAAUUUGAAUUAUUAAUCAAAUCCAUAGGCCAUAAUCAUAAAUUAGUUUUAAGAGAAGAGAGAGAUCAAGUAUUGGAAGCAUGCGUUGAAUUGUUGUAGGUAUCCAAAGCUAAGUCUAAACCUCACAGGAAAAGUUCGCAUGCGAGAGCUCCUUUAGCCAUUCAAAUGUCCUGUGACGAGACAAUUCCAACUUUUCCUCUUCCUCUUUUUCUUUUCCCAACUUCUUCAUUCUCAAUUCGCUCUUCGCCGGAAUAUUCUUACCGUUCCCCUUCCUCCUCACCACCACCAUCGCCUUCGGCGCCGGCGCUACCGUAGACCCCACCGAACACUUACACCCGACCCCACUUAGAAUUCCACUGCUUUUCCUCUCUAUCAAUACACUCUCUCGAGGUCUCCUCAUCAUCACCUUUACGCUUCUCUCGUUGCUUGGGGCGGCCGGAACAAAGGCCUUCUCGCUGUUGCUUCGGCUGACGGAGGAGUUCCUCCUCGUGCUGCUUCGGUGUUUGAGAUCCUCUAGUUCCAUUCCCGGUGUUUUCACUACUCCCAGCCGGAAAAAAUCCCACGUGAAGGAGGACUUUUGGCGGUUUCCGCCGGUGCUCGCCUGUCGGGAUGUGAUCGGCGAGGCUUUAAUUUGGGGUUUAGGACUCGGGUGGGAGUGGAAUAAAUUUGGGACUCUGAGCCGCGGGUCUCUAGCUGCGGAGGUAGUUGUUAAGGAAUUGUUUGUUACGCUCGAGGAAGAACACUGGCUUCUACUGCUACUGCUUCCGCUGCUAUUGAUGCUUCUCAAGUGCCGGCGGUAGACUCCGGCGGAGGUAUUGUCGGAGCUAACAGAGAGGCGAAGAGGCAAAAGUUGGCCCUGGUAGAAGACCUCGUCGGCCAAACACAUUUCCGGCGGUGGCUGAUCGGCGAGAUUACUGAAACCUCCUAGAGAACCGAAAUCAAAAUCAUCAUCAGCGGCGGCGAUGGAUGCCUUGCCGGCUCUGGGUUUAAUUUCUAGGAGGAAAUGGGGGUUGUCAUCUUUGACUAGAUUUAUGGGAAGAUCGCAUAAGGAUAAAGAUUCAUCUUUUUCAUCGGGCUCCUCCAUGUAAAGUUCAUCUUCACAUUUUUCAUUGUCAUAGCUUCUCCCCAUUUUCAUGGUUUAUUGAGAUACUUAAUUCUUUUCUCCAGAACCUGUGGAGAAGGGAAAAAGAACACAGUGAGUUAGUAACAGAAGAAACCAAAAACAGAGUGAGAGAGAAGGAAUAGAAAUGUGAAUGUGGAUGUGAAGGCAAAGGGUGACAGAGUAUAUAAAGCAGCAGUAUUUGGAAGCACCCAAAAGCAAAGGGAUUGAUAAUUAGAUGGUGGGAAUUGAUUGGUUUCUGUAUGUAUAUGAUUUAAUGAUUAUAGUUCUUAUUAUAUUGUUUAAGUUGGGAUAAUUUUAUUAUAAAUUAUAAUAAUUUAUGUUUAAA